AUGACGGCCUUGAUUGUAACUAUGGUCGGGGGGCUUCUGAUGGUCGGUAGUAGUUCAUCCGUAAACAGACCAGUGGAGGCCUUUCAAAACCAAAGAAUCUUCCGGACUACUUCGGUGACACGAUCUCAGCGACAGGGGGGACUGCCUCUGCGCAUGACAUUUCUUUCUAUGCCCCCCUCGCAAUUGUCCAGCUCUUCGGGAGAGUUUUCCUAUCAGGAUGAAUCCCAAUCAACAGAUGAUGAUUCCCAACUUCUGGGGUAUUUGCCGGACAACGGCUCUAGCUUACCUCCACUCACCAAAUCUCUGGUUCGAAAAGCAACCGAAAACUAUAUUUACGGAACUAUUCGGAGACCGAUCACUUUCGAUCAGCUCAUCUCGGCAAUCGAGGAAGAGUACAGGUGCACUGAUGUUCCUCUGCGAGUCGGUUCUGCCUUCUUCGAUGUCUCUUCAUCCGGUGAAGAAGUAGAUGAGUCGAUCGCUGAAGUGCUCUCCAUGGCCGCUCUUCACCGAAUCCCUAAAGAAAUUACCCUGGAACUCGUAGCAGAGUCAUUAGCGGAUGCUUCAACGUCGUGGGUGGAAAGUAUAUCCAUAUUUGCACAAAAUGGCUGGGACGCGGUAUCGUUCCCUAAGGGGUUGGCAUUGAGGCCGAAACGAAAGUAUGCGACUGACCUGACGAAUAGUCCCAAAACGCUUUUUGGGUGGCGGCAACAAAAGGCGUUGGUUGAGGCCGCCAGAAGAGCCGUCUCACAUGCGAGCGUUGCAACAGCACCUAAAAGGAGGCUGAAGAGCCGUGACGAAUUUCUUAGCUUCAUGGCCACACAACUUUCUGCUACUGCGAAUCCUUCGAAGAAAGUUACCAAAGAAGAUUUGCUGUUCUUCCCCCGCAGUAUUCCAAUGCAAAAGAUCUCCUUCUCUCAAAUAGCGAAAAAGCUAAAAAGAACCGCCGACAGACAAUACGCCAUGUUGAAAGCACAAGGGCGAGCUGGCUUCCUGGCCUAUGCCUACUUCAAUUUUGUGUUUUACACAGCAGGCAUUCUGUGGCAAUGGCGGAGAGUGGCUCCCGCUGAUCCGUUUUCAAACUCUUCAGUCAUGGUCAUUUGUUUACGUAAAUUUGGACGUGUGUUUGGAUCUCUGUAUAUACUAUCGAGCAUUCUUAAGCUGCCCAAGCUGUUCUCCGCCGUGGCCAUGGCACCCGCCGCGAAAUUGACGCUGGAACGUGCGAAGAAGAAGUUAAACGUUGGAGAUAAUUACGCUUCUGCUUUGAUUGUUGGAUUGCUGGCCAUUUUGUGGUCUGGCAUUGUGGCGGUUCCUUUCUUUACCGAGUACGCGCGGCUGCGGCGGUUCCUUUACCUGGAUAGAGUGGUGCAAGGCUAUGUGUUCCAGCCAGUCUAG